AUGCGGCUCCUACACACUCGCACCGGACGCUUCACCUGGAUCGAUGACCCCCGCCAUACUUGCUACGCGAUCCUCUCCCACGUCUGGGCCAAGCCAAGCGACCUCCCCUACAUCCCCGAACAGACCUACCAAGACGUGCUCGCGAUCCAUGCCGCGCUCAGCCCCAGCGACCUCGCCCUCCCGCGUCUAUCCGCGAAGAUCCAGCGGUUCUGCGACACCGCGCGCGGCGAUGGCUUCGACCUCGCCUGGGUCGACACCUGCUGCAUCGACCAGUCGAGCAGCGCGGAGCUCUCCGAGGCGCUCAACUCCAUGUUCGGCUGGUAUCGCUACGCGAGCGCGUGCUACGCUUUCCUCCACGAUGUCGCGGACACGGACGACGAACGCGAGCGCCGCGAGCAGUUCCGCGGCUCGCGCUGGUUCACGCGCGUGUGGACGCUGCAGGAGCUGCUCGCGCCGAGCGUCGUCAUUUUCUUCUCCGCGGAGUGGAGUGUCGUCGGGUCAAAGCACACCCUCGCGUCGCUCCUGGAGAGCGUGACGGGGAUCGACGGCGGGGUGCUCGCACUGGAGGUGCCGCUUGAGGAGGUGCCAGUCGCGCGGAGAAUGUCAUGGGCGGCGGGGCGGGAGACGACGCGGGAGGAGGACGAGGCGUACGCGCUCAUGGGAAUCUUCGGGGUACACAUGCAAACGACGUAUGGGGAGGGACGGUACGCUUUCAUCCGGUUACAGGAAGAGAUCCUCAAGCGCAUCCCCGACCAGACCAUCUUCGCAUGGGGUCCUUCCCUUCUUCAACACACCUUCUCGUUCUCCGAUCCCUCACUGCCGAUACCAAGUACACAUCCUACGCUCCGCGUUCCACACACUCCGAACCAACUCUUGCUUGCGUCUUCGGUCAGAGACUUCAGCUCGUGCGCCGGCCUUGUGCCCCUCGGGCGGGAAGAUUUCGCGCACAAGUUGGGGAUGUCUCCUGACUCCCUGUACCAGGUAUUCACAACAACCUCGUACGGCAUCAAGGCGCGUUUCCCCCUCCUCCAGAUACAGACCCAAGAAGACCCCCACACCAACGUUCCCACACAUAUCGCGCUCCUUGCAUGCGAGGACACACAAGGCCGUCUGCUUGCUCUCCUUCUUCGCCCCCACUCUCCCGAGCACGUUUCUACUUCACAGUACCAUGCCGGCACCAUUGUCGGCCACAUACACGACCUCCUUCCCUUCAACUCCAACAUCCUCUACUCCACGCCGAACUCCCAUUACCGCCGCUACACGUUCAUCCCGCCAGAAGACAUCUCUCCCUCCCUCCUCUCCCUCCGAAGUAUCUACAUUCAGCAUCGCCCUUCUGCUGCGACGGCGCGCAAUGAGCGCGACGAGCAUCUCCACGCGGGGCUGCGCGAAGCUCGCGACGCCUUCACAAUUCACCUCACCGGCUGGUCGCGCAAACUCCUCUCGCUCCAAGGCUACCACGUCUCCCCCCCGGACCCCUCCACCUCAAUCGCGCUGCGCGACCACAAGCUCUCGCGCACCGUCUCGCUCUCCUCUCUGGCUGGGGGCGUCGUCAUAUCCAGCGCGCGCCGAUACGUCUCGGUGCAGGUUGGGCGCUGCUGCUGCGAGCUCGGCCGGCGUUUCGGGCUGCUGGGCGUGCUGGUGUCCGCGCGGGACGCGGCGUGCGCGCUCGACGAGCCGUUCGCGGAGGAGCCGCACCUCGCGGACAAUCCGGUACACGUGCAGUCGUGGACGUUCGACUGCGGGGUCGCGUCGAAGGAAGUGAUGCUCGUGUCUAGCGCGAACGAGGUGUACAUGCUGAGGCUCACGUUCGCGCAC